AUGGCAUUACGUGAUGCAGGUUCAGCCACUGUUCAUUCGCCCAAAACUUUGCGGAUAUUGUUUUUGACGACGUUUGACGACGGUUAUUAAGUAUGAAUGAAAAUGUCUGUCUUAAACAGUAUCUUACAUAAAAUACAGUCUUUUAAAUUUGUUUUCACAAUGCAGACACUACUCUUAAGCCAAUGAUUUUAGAGUCUGUUUGGACGUUCAAUAGAUGAGUUUUUAACUGUGGGAUUUGUGAAAAGAGCAUUGACUUUCUGGUCUUCCUCUUAAAUUGUCUUUGCACGUUGCAUAAUAAUUGGACGAAAAAGUGUUCUGCUAUCUCCUCUUCAGAGUGAUAGCGAUAUUAUAUUUGCAUUUAAUACUUGCCGUGUUAAUUGUUACGUACCCUUUCUAAAUGGCCCUUUCUUCGAGACUAAUUAUUCUUUCAAACAACUUUUUAAAUAAUAAUGCUUCUUCACUUAAUGUAAUUUCUUCUAGAGCCGGGUCAUGGUGGUCCCACGUGGAGAUGGGCCCACCCGAUGCCAUUCUGGGAGUCACAGAAGCGUUCAAGCGCGACACCAACCCAAACAAGAUAAACCUGGGCGUGGGAGCGUACCGAGACGACGAUGGGAAGCCUUUUGUUCUGCCGAGUGUCCGCAAGGCAGAGGACAGGAUGCGCUCCAAGAACCUGGACAAGGAGUACUCUCCGAUCGGGGGCAGCGCCCAGUUCUGCGAGCUGUCCAUCAACCUGGCCCUCGGUGACGGCAGCGAGCAGGUCAAGAACGGCCUGAACGCCACGCUGCAGGGCAUCUCGGGCACAGGCGCUCUGCGUCUGGGCGGGGCCUUCCUCGCCGCCUUCUUCCCCGGCAACAAGGAAGUGUACCUGCCCACACCAUCGUGGGGCAACCACACGCCCAUCUUCAAGCACUCGGGGCUCGGGGUCAAGCAGUACCGCUACUACGACCCCAACACCUGUGGCUUUGACUUCCAGGGCGCCCUGCAGGACAUAGCCAAAAUGCCGGAACGCUCCAUAAUACUGCUGCAUGCGUGUGCCCACAACCCCACGGGCGUGGACCCCAGCCCACAGCAGUGGGCCGAGAUCUCCAAAGUGGUCAAACAAAAGAAGCUGUUUCCUUUCUUUGACAUGGCGUACCAAGGAUUCGCUUCCGGUGACGUAGACAAGGAUGCCUUCGCUCUCAGGCACUUUGUGAAGGAAGGCCACGAGACCAUCGUUACGCAGUCCUAUGCCAAGAACAUGGGCCUCUAUGGGGAGCGAGUAGGAGCGUUCAGCCUCAUCACGAGUAGCAAGGAGGAGGCUCAGAGGACAAUGUCGCAACUGAAGAUCAUCGUGCGUCCUAUGUACUCGAACCCACCCAUCAACGGAGCACGCAUCGUCACUGAAAUACUGUCUGACUCAUCGCUCAAGGCAGAAUGGCUGAAGGACGUGAAGGGCAUGGCUGAGCGCAUCAUCUCGGUGCGGGCUCAGCUGCGCGACAACCUGAAGAAGGAAGGCUCGAGCCGCGACUGGUCGCACAUCACCGACCAGAUCGGGAUGUUCUGCUUCACCGGCCUCAACGCGCAGCAGGCGGAGCGUCUCACCAAGGAUUUCAGCGUGUACCUGACCAAGGACGGCCGCAUCUCGAUGGCGGGCGUCACCUCGAAGAACGUGAAGUACCUGGCCCACGCGAUUCACGAGGUCACCAAGUGAGCAUCUGAUGCCUCACCAACACAUUGUCCUGUAUCUCUGUAUUAUAGUGGCUUCAAUAAACACUCUGUACUAAA